CCGAUGGUGCUCCUUGGACUUGACUCCAUCGACAACGCAGUAGCUUUUUAUAGUCCACUUUCUUGCAUGAACGAACACCACACUUAUUACGAACUGCAUCGUUCUACCUACGUUAGCCCACUACGCGGGAGCCUCCCCUGAACCCCCGCGCUCGAAACUUGUGCUCGAGCCAGCACUUUAAUUGUUGUGAUAAGAUGGCGACGAAAGCGGCCUUCAAACGGCUUACUCGUGAAUAUCAGAACAUACAAAAGAAUCCACCGCCCUAUAUAAUUGCUCAUCCAUCAGAGUCUAAUAUCCUUGAAUGGCACUACAUCCUCACUGGUCCCCCUGGCACACCGUACGAAAACGGACAAUAUUGGGGCACUCUGAUUUUCCCUCCAGAAUACCCAUUUGCUCCACCGGCCAUCCGCAUGCAUACCCCAAGCGGUCGAUUUCAACCGUCUGCUCGACUAUGUCUCAGCAUCAGUGACUUUCAUCCAAAAUCUUUCAACCCAGCCUGGGAGGUUUCAACGAUUCUUAUCGGGCUGCUUUCCUUCAUGACUAGCGAAGAGAUGACGACAGGGAGCGUCAGCGCUUCAGAAGCGGAACGAAGAGUCCUAGCGGCGCGAUCAAGGUGGUGGAACUCUACCGGCGGGGGAUCUCACGUCACUUCUACUCCUGGAGUGACACCUACUGCCAGGGGAAUCAAUAACGUCAAAGCAGGGGAUGGCGGGCUGAAGUUCCGCACAGAAUGGCCAGAGUUGGAUCAAGAGAACUGGAAAUGGAUGAGGGACAAUCGCAUCGAUACGAACACUGGCCAACUCAUACCUGACCCCAACACUACGGCUACAAGAUGUUCUCCAGAGACCAGUGCACUACGUAGACGCCCGAACGGAAGUGCACCUGGCCUCGGGGCUGUGGUAGAAGGUGGUCAUGUUGCACGAGAAGCUGGCCAAAGCUGGGUUCGACGAAACCGAGUAUGGGUUUGUCUCGCCCUAGUACUUGGAUAUGCACUUGUCACGAGACUGCUUAAUGAUGUUCAAGGUUGACAUUGAGUGUGUGUUUUGAUUCCUGUUCUAUGCACCUUCAGGAAACAUUCAGUACGCAGUCAGUCCGCGGUACCCUUUUUCAAGAAGCUACACCUCUCCCUCCUCUUCCUCCUUGGUUAUCUCACUCCUAGGACCCUUUCCCGCUCCGCCCGCUCUAUGUGUACGUGUGCGUACUUUCUCUCUCUCUCUUCUCCCCCCUGACCUGCUACUUUGUCGCGCUCUUUCUGAAGUGGUUGCUGCAACUUUUUACUCGUGCUUUACGGUGUUGAUUUGGUCUAGAGAGACCGAAAGGCGUCUGGAGACGGAAUGGCGUUUGGUAGUGGUUUUGGGAGAUUUCAAGUUGUCGGGAGUGUAGUAUUUAAUCGUCAGUAUGCUCGGCAAUUCAAGACCACUGCCCCAUUGAACAAACUUCACUGUACAGUAUUUGUUUUACAGAGGGAUGGAGUCGUUUUACUAGGUUAUUCAUCUACACAUGAUUACCAUUUCAAGGAUCAUACAGUAUGUUCGAUAGGUGGUAGUAGUAGGU